CUUGGCAGGCGCAUGCGCAAACCGGCGGAGCGAAUCAGCGGUGACUUGCUAAGGUUCUCGUAGCGUUCAGUUUAGAUUUGUGCUUUUCGCUGACUGUCGUACACAGUUUUUGUUUAACCGUGAAUCGUUUCUACCGAGCGGGAUUAACGUGACCGAGGCGUGAAGGAAUAUGCCCAAAAAUAAAGGUAAAGGAGGAAAGAAUCGGCGACGUGGAAAGAAUGAGAAUGAGUCCGAGAAGAGAGAGCUGGUGUUCAAAGAGGACGGACAGGAAUAUGCUCAGGUGAUUAAAAUGCUGGGGAACGGACGUCUGGAGGCCAUGUGCUUUGACGGAACCAAGCGGCUUUGCCACAUCAGAGGAAAACUCCGGAAAAAGGUUUGGAUUAACACGUCGGACAUCAUCCUGGUCGGACUGAGAGAUUACCAGGACAACAAAGCUGAUGUCAUCCUCAAGUACAACGCAGACGAGGCUCGCAGUUUGAAAGCGUACGGAGAGCUGCCAGAGCACGCCAAAAUCAACGAGACGGACACCUUCGGGCCCGGAGACGACGACGAGAUCCAGUUUGAUGACAUUGGCGACGACGAUGAGGACAUUGAUGAUAUCUAAAGACCUGCUACUGGAGGGGGAAGGUGGGAUUUUACUAGAGAUGCUCCAAUUGGAAUAUUUUGAGCCAAUACACCGCACCAAUUAUGAUUUUUUUUUUUUUUUUUUUUUUUAAUAUAAAAGAUCAGCCUAUGCCAAUCCAAUACAGUUUAUUAAUAUACAGUAUGUUUCGAUUGAUUCCAGUCUGUUAACCAUCAGUAGACGUUGUUUUUUUUUUUUUUUUAAACUUUAAGUGCAUUUCACGUAGAAAGAGGAAGAAACAACACCAGUACUUUAUAGUUUAUUGUUGAUAUGAAUGAAUAUGAGAUGCUGCUUUAGUGCGACUGUCUCGAGUUAUCACGUAGCGACUGGAGGGCGAUGCAGCAGGCUGCCUGGGGACUGAACGAUGACGCAGACAGUUUGCUUUCUCUGCCUUCAUGCGGUUUGGAUUGGAGAAUUUAGGCUGAUCACCAGCAUCAUAUGUAGGGUGAAUAUCCAAAGCAUUUGCUAGAUUUUCACAUUAUUUUUGUUUUGAACAUCAACGAAAUUCACAGAAGUUUUUCUUUUUUUUUUUUUUUUUGUCCUGUAUUAUCCGUAAACACUUACUGCUUAGAGGAGGCUCACGCCGAUACCAUGACAGCAGAAUAUCUCGCACUAAAUGAGUCAUCUUUUUAAAAGAAAAUGUAUUUAUAUUGAUUUCACUUUAUGUGGAAUUUAGCAGCAAGUACAGAAUCUCUGGAUUCGUCAAUAAAAAGAUAAACCAUUUUGUGUUUUUCCUUUUGGCAGUCUGUAUCAUUGUAGCCUGGGAGACAGUUUAUACCGUUUUAGGCAGUUUGAAAGCUGUUUAUAAAUGACAAAAGAGAGAUGACAUUUGAGUACGGCUCUUAUCUUUUUGUUUACAUCAUAUUCCACUGACAUCGUAUGUUUUGGAUUCAACCAUGGCCUGAAUGAAGGCGACCUCUCUCCUCUUGAAUUUAAAAGAAGAAUCAAAAUGUAUUUUUCUAUGGUUUCCCUUAUUUGUGUUUUCUGUGCGUUUUUGUGUUUUCCGUGUUCUGUUUUUGGACUCUUUGCUGCUUGCUCGUUCUGUGGCUGCAACACACCGUCACGGUCUCUCUAGACCAGCGGGUCCCAAACCUCUCCUCCGCCAACACAACCUCAGUCGCUUAAACAAAACAACACAAAAAUGAUAUACAGAAGUUAAUGUUCCUUCUUACCCCCUCUGGAAACUGCCCCAUGUUCCCUGAGGGGGGCCCAGCACCUCAGUUUGGGAACCGCUGCUCUAGACUUCAUGGGGCCGGUCGCUGUUGUUGCUGUAACUCUGAAUUAAUACAAAAUGUACUAUGAUGUUUAAGGCUGGGUUUCCAAUAAAGAUCUUAACUCCA